ACAGGCAGGGAAAAUAACAAGGCAAGGGAGAAGCUGGUGAAAGAGGGAAGAGCUAUGAAAAAGCGAGGGAGAAGGUGAAAUCUCAGCAGCACAGAGAAGAGGCCAAACAAGCAGGAGCGAAAGGAUGAUCGGAGGUGAAAGCGCUGAUCAGUGAGGUCCCAAGAGAGGGAGAGGAGAAGAAGGAGAUGAGCAGCAAGAGGGGGGUAAGCAGCCAGCACACACAACAUCCAUCAGCUCAGGCAGCCAUGCUCUGAGCCCUGGAGCAGCAGGGCUACGCAGACACUGCACAGGCCCCACAUCAGGCCUAUAGCUCAGCCCUCCAUCCCGGCCAGCAACACCGGGGCAGGGACAAAAGAAGAUUCCCUUCACAACACCUGUGCAUAAAAGCCAUGAGGACAGCCAGGAAGGGCAGUGUAGAGAUGCCUGCGUUUGUGCGCCAGCUGGUGAAAGAAACAGAAAAGAGGGUCAGCUCUUUCUUCAAAGGGGGCCGUGGAGGAGCAGCAGAAGCAGAGCAGCAAGGGGAGGGGGAGAAGGAGGAGGUCAUCCCCAGCCCCUACCUAGACCGGCCAGUCCUGGACAAGCUCACAGAGGAGGGCUGCGCCCGCUGGGGCCUCACCUAUGCCCUAGGUAGUAUGCAGGGCUGGAGGGCCAACAUGGAGGACUUCCACAACUGUGUGCCACAGCUGGGUGCAGAGCUAGCCGACUGGAGCUUCUUUGCAGUGUUCGAUGGCCAUGCAGGCAGCACGGUGGCUCAGUACUGCUCCCAACACCUUCUGGGUCACAUCUUGGCAACGGGUGGAAUAGGACCAGAAGAUGACCCGCAAAAAGUGAAAGGGGCCAUUGUAGAGGGCUUCCUCCAGACUGACAAGCACCUGCACUCUGUGGCCCGUCGAGAGGGCUGGGAGAGGGGCGGCACCACUGUGGUGGCCACUCUCAUUUCGCCAUAUUACAUCUACUUUGCCAACUGCGGUGACUCAAGGGCCAUGCUGUGCCGGUCCGGGCAGGUCUGCUUCUCCACUGAGGAUCACAAACCUUACAGCCCUCUGGAGAAAGAACGUAUUGAGAGCGCAGGUGGCUCCGUGUCCCUCCAACGGAUCAACGGCUCCUUGGCAGUGUCACGCGCCCUGGGAGACUUCGGCUACAAGGGGGCAGAGAACCGGACGCCGAGCCAGCAGAUGGUUUCACCUGAGCCAGAAGUGUGUGUGGUGGAGCGCUCGCCGGCAGAUGAAUUCCUGGUGCUCGCCUGUGAUGGCGUGUGGGACACCAUCAGCAACGAGGAGCUGUGCGCCUUCAUCCACAACCGUCUGCGUGUCUGCACCGACCUGAGGGACGUCUGCACUCAGGUCAUUGACCUCUGCCUCUAUAAGGGCAGCUUGGACAACAUCAGCAUCAUCCUGCUGUGCUUCCCUGGAGCCCCCCAGCUGUCAACAGAGGCAUUACACCAGGAGGCUGAGCUGGAGGACCUGCUGGAGUCCAAGGUGGCAGAGAUUUAUGAUGAGCUGUGUGCCAGAGGGGAAGAGCCUGAGCUGCUGUCCGUCCUCACAGUCCUUGCAUCCACUGUCAUCCCUGGAUUACCACCAGGUGGAGGCAUACAGAGCAAGAGGAACUGCAUUAUCUCUGCUUACUAUCAACAACGUGAUGCGCACAAGCCCAUGGUACCAAAUGUGAGUGAGAGUUACAAUUAGGUCCAUACGGUUUUGGACAAUGAGACUUUUUUUUGAUACUUUUUCCUCUCUGCACCAACACAGUGGAUAUUAAAUCAAACAGCCAAGAUAUGAUUGUAAUGUUUCUUCAGCUUUAAUUAAAGAGGCUUUACAGCAGGAUUUACAAUAAGGUGCAAACCACUGGUUACAGUCAAAAACAAGAAUGCAAGAUUAGACUUUGCUCGAAAAACAUGGUUCUGUAAAAAAAUAUCUUUGGAAAGAUGAAAUCAAGAGAAACGUGUUAUGGCAUGGGCCUGUAAAGCUGCCAGUGGAACUGGGUCAUCAGUGUUUAUUGAUGAUGUGACUGCUGAUAGAAGCAGCAGGAUGAACUGUGAGUGUACAAAGCUGUACUCUCAGCUCAGGUUCAGCCAAAUGCUGCAAAACUGAUCAGGCAGCACUUCAUAGUGCAAAAACAUAAGGACCUAAAGCAUUGUGCAAAGGCAACCCAAGAGUUUCCCAAAGCACAGAAAAGGAAUAUUUUUCAAUGGCCAAUUCAGUCAACUGGUCUCACCUGAACAGAGCAUGCUUUUACUGAAGUUACUGAAGACAACAGUGACGGCAGAAAGACCCACAGUCAAGCUGCAAGUGAAGGCAACUGCAUUAAAGGUUUGGAAGAGCAUCUCAAGGGAGGAAACAGCAUUUAUUGCUGUCAGGGGCCUCUCUGUCUACAACCAAGCAAAGGAUUUUUACCUCAGUCAUAAAAACAAUCCUUAUAUGCACAUUUAUGGUAAAACCUCUGAAAAUGGGGGAUAUGUCUGCACAGUUAAUGCAAACUUUUUUGAUAAACCCCUUGAAUUAAAGCUGAAAGGCUGCACUUCAAUUAUAUCUUGAUUGGUUGAUGUAAAUAUCCACUGUCAUGGUGUAGAAAGGCAAAAAACCAACAAAAAAAACAACUAAUGGACCUAACAAUAUAUGUAAAAAGACAUUGUUAUUACACAGUGAACUCACUAUUUGUUACUUUACUUGUCUGUCUGUUCAGGGUCUGGGAGGCUCUUGAGAAGGCCAAAGGAUUUAGAUUUUGUCUCCAAAGUUCCUCAAAGGGACUGUAAUAAAUGUGAAUAUUAAACCUGUUUUUUUUUUUCAUGUGUGCAGUUU